CUGGCUCGUCUUCGAAAUCCUACAAAAGGAGAAAUUAGAUUUAAGCGAUUUUACUAGUUUGGAAGAAUUAAAAUGUGGUGAAUUAAGUGAAGAGGUGAAAAAUAAAGCACGACAGGAACUUAGAAAAGAGAAAGAAGCCAGCGAGCAACUUCGCACACAAAUGGAAAAAGAAAAAAAUGAACUAACUGCCCAACUUACCACCGAACAACAGACUAAUAAACAACUCCAAGAACAAUUAUCCAAACAACCGACCCCAACCACCCAACAAUCACUCUUAAAAACUCUCGCUGUCUACGGCUUUCUGCUCUCCCUGCUGGGGAAUUGGCU